UGAUCCAAUGAGUUCUCUUUGCCCAUAAUAUUGCUCGCAAUAUAUUCUCUCAGUUUCUCUUUAAUCUCUCAUCUGUGGGCUUUGCAGCUCUGACCUCAAUUUGCGAGUGGGAUGAGAGAACCAACGCUUGAGUCACCGAAGUUAUAAAAGCGCCACCAAAUGUUUGCCGGCUUCAGUAGUUGCGGCUAUUCAGCAGUGGAUUCAUUGAAUACUGUUUUCGUUGAGCAUUCUUCAGUGAACUUCUCUCCAUUUUCCCAGUUUUUGUGCCAGUUAAGUCGAUUCUAAGCCGCAGGAAAAAUGCCUAUCGAAGUGGAUACUGAAGAUAAACUCGAAUACCGCUUCUACCCGGUUACGAAUCGCAUCGUAAACUUCAAGGUGCGUGCUCCGAAUGACGCUCACUUGGCCUUGACAACCGGACCGGCCGAAUCCGACCCCAUGCUGGAGGUCUUCAUCGGCGGCUGGAGCAACACCAAGUCCGUGAUCAGGAAGAAUCGCACGAAGCCCGAUGUCGUGGAGGCCGAGACGCCGGACGUGUUGAACGCCGGUGAGUUUCGCGGCUUCUGGAUUCGCUGGACCAUGGACGGGAUCAUCACUGUAGGCAGGGAGGGCGAGGCUGCUGCCUUCCUCUCGUGGCAGGACCCGGACAACUGUCCAUUCAACUAUGUGGGCGUGUGCACUGGAUGGGGAGCAAGUGGAUCCUGGCAGAUUGAAGGUGGACCUGAGAUGAAGACACCCGACAAUCUAAAGUACAGCUUCCUUCCGGCGCUGGAGCACGGAUCUCUCGCGGUGGAGUUCAAGGGUCCCUCCAAUUGCCACAUCGGCCUCAUGCCGCAGCCCAGCGACAUGAAACCACUCACGGAGAUCAUCCUGGGCGGCUGGAACAACACGGCCAGCGUGAUUCGCGUGAACCGUGAAUCGCCCGACCGUGUGCGCGUGGACACGCCGAAUCUCCUGAACGCCUCUCACUUCACCACCUUCCACGUGGAGUGGCGCCAUGGGCACUUGUCUGUGCGCCAGGGCGGCCCUCGGGGGCCCCUCGUGAUCGAGGCGCCCGAGAGCGUGCGAUUCCCCGUGAGAUUCGUGGCCGUGCGCACUGGUUGGGGCGCCACGGGCAAGUGGAGGCUCCACUUUGACGGCCAGAGCGGACAGAUUCCUCCCCAUAUCACUCCCUUUCCGCCUCGCCGAGACGCGCCAGGUGGUCUGGUUUCGAGUGGCGGCUCUGCCUGCUGGGUCCCGGCUAGCAAUGGCCAGGUUCCCGACGGCGCUGUUCCCGGCGGUCACGACGGCGAGCAGCUCUAUGUCGCCCGCGCACGCUACGGCGGAGGUCUCAUCCCGGGAAAGCUGGUGCCUUCGCACGGCGUCUGCUACGUGGCGUGGGGCGGAGCUGAGAACGCCGUGUCCGAAUAUGAAGUGCUAUGCGGUGGUGGAAGCUGGAUUACCGGCUCCGGCUCAGCUAUUCCGCCUAACGCUCUGCCCGGCGGCGAGACCGAGGAGGGCGAGCCACUGUUCGUCGGCCGGGCGACUCACGAGGGCACCGUGACAGUGGGAAAGGUGCAGCCGACCCACGGAUGCGUCUACAUUCCGUACGGAGGCGAGGAGCUCCGGUACGACCAGUACGAGAUCUUUGUUCAGUGAAUCACGCACUACUCAUCCUUCACGCAAAGUCCCUUCGAAUCUCCUUCUUUUUCUAUGCUAUUUAAACAUGCAAAAUUUGUGGAUUUUGCAAGUUGAUUUAUUUACGAAACAGUUUAUAAAAUUUUGUGAAAUUAUUUAAAUAUGCAAUUGCUGAAGCAAUAAAGGCACAAAAUAUAUGUUGAAUUGCAAA